AUUUGAACCAGAUUAUUCAACAACGUCUAACCAACAUAUCAAUAUGCUUCAACAAGUUCUUACCAUCAGUGAUGCAUCCAAGUCUCUAAUUUAUAGCUACCACCGGAGCUUCAGCGGCUUUGCAGCGACGCUCAACCACGAGGAGGCUCGGAAACUUGCCGAAAUGGAUAGAGUUGUAUCUGUGUUUGUGAGUGAGAAGAAACAUUUACAAACGACAAGAUCAUGGGAUUUCAUGGGUUUGUUCGAAGGAGCUUCAAGAACGAGGUUGGAGAGCGAGUUGAUUAUCGGAAUCUUGGAUACUGGGAUAUGGCCGGAAUCUGAAAGCUUUUCCGAUGAAGGGUUUGGCCCACCGCCGGCGAAAUGGAAAGGCGAAUGCCAAUCGUCUUACAAUUUCACCUGCAACAAUAAAAUAAUCGGAGCUCGAUCUUUCCGGAGCGGGGCGAUCGUCAACUGCGAACACGACAAUCUUUCUCCGAGAGAUACAGAAGGCCAUGGAACCCUCACCUCAUCCACCGCCGCCGGAAAUUUGGUCACCGGCGCCAGCCUCUUCGGUCUCGGCCUUGGCACCUCUCGUGGUGGCUCUCCUUCUGCCCGCAUUGCCGUCUACAAGAUCUGCUGGUCCGAGGGUUGCUUCGAUGCCGACAUUCUCGCAGCUUUCGACCAUGCAAUCGCUGAUGGGGUCGACAUCAUCUCCCUUUCCGUUGCAGGUUCUGACCUCAAGGAUUACUUCGAGGAUUCCAUUGCAAUUGGGGCUUUUCACGCGAUGAAGAAUGGGAUUCUGACUUCGAAUGCCGGUGGGAAUAGUGGCCCUUUAUUUGGUACUAUUCAGAAUGUUUCUCCAUGGUCGCUAUCGGUGGCUGCGAGCACCAUUGAUAGGAAAUUUGUGACAAAUGUGAAGUUGGGUAAUGGAGAUUCCUUUCUGGGGAUCUCUGUGAACACCUUCCAACUUGGAGAUAAGUUGUUUCCACUCAUAUAUGCUGGUGAUGCUCCUAAUACCACUGCAGGCUUCGAUGGAUCAUCAUCAAGGUUCUGCUUCAAUGGUUCUUUGGACGUGAACCUAAUUCAGGGGAAGAUUGUUUUAUGCGAUGGGAUUGCUGAUGGAGUAGUUAGUAGUGGCGCGGUUGGUAUGAUAAUGCAAGAUGAUACUCUCCAAGAAGCGGCCCUUCUUUUCCCACUACCUGCUUCCCAGUUAGACUUCAACGCUGGAAAGAAUGUUUUCCAGUACAUGAGAUCAACCAGUAAUCCAGUAGCUAGCAUAGAGAAGAGUACUGCCACUAAGGAUCUAUUAGCUCCAUAUGUUGUUUCCUUCUCAUCAAGGGGGCCUAACCUACUUACACCGGAUAUUCUCAAGCCCGAUUUGGCAGCACCAGGAGUGGAUAUACUAGCAUCUUGGCCUGAAGGUUCAGCAAUUACAGGUUUUACAGGGGAUAACAGAAAAGCUCCAUUUAACAUAGUCUCUGGCACAUCCAUCGCUUGCCCACAUGCAACAGGAGCCGCUGCCUAUGUCAAAUCUUUCCACCCAACUUGGUCUCCAGCUGCUAUUAAGUCUGCACUUAUGACAACAGCUCUUCCCAUGACCCCAAAGGUAAACGCAGAAGCUGAGUUCGCAUAUGGAGCAGGUCAUUUAAAUCCAGUAAAUGCCACUAACCCCGGUUUAGUCUAUGAUGCCCAAUAUAUUGAUUACAUAGAGUUCUUAUGUGGGCAAGGAUAUAGUACAGAAAAUCUUCGUCUUGUUACCGGUGACCAAAUCAACUGUUCAGAUGUUAGAAAAACUGCUGCAUCACAUCUAAACUAUCCAUCUUUUGCUCUAUUGAUCAAAUCUCAAAGAUUGGCUACUUGUAUCUACCGCAGGACAGUCACGAACGUCGGGCUGUCAGUGUCGACAUAUAAAGCAGUUAUUCAAGCUCCUUCUGGGCUCAAAGUUAGAGUAUACCCUACUACUCUUUCCUUCAGUUCUCUUGGACAAAAGAUAUCUUUCACUGUAAGGGUUGAGGUAGAAUCUGAUGAGAAGAUGCUUUCUGGUAGCCUAACCUGGGAUGAUGGACUGCAUCUGGUGAGGAGCCCCAUUGUUGCUUAUCAUUUGCCAUCAUAGGCUUAUUAUUGUUGGGAAGUCCCCUAUAUUUCCUUUUGUUAUUGUGCUGAGUUUAAACUUGUUUAUGAAA